AUGACCUCGUCUCUUGCUAUUUUCUCAGUUUUGGCUCUCCUCUGCAUUGUUCCAUACGCUGAUUCUAUUCGGUGUUAUGACUAUACAAGCACCAAUCUGGUCAAAUCCAAUAUGAAAACUUGGGUUGACUGCCCAGCUGAUGCUCAAUAUUGCUACAAGAGUUAUUUGGAAUCCAGAGACUUCAACAAUGACAAAACUUAUGUUGAAGGAAGAGCUUGCGGAUCAUCAAACCUUUGCAUUCAAAACGGAUGUGUCGGAACCAACACCGAUAAGGCCUGCUGUUGCCGUGGUGAACUCUGUAACUCUUCAUCCCUUGCUAAACUCACUGUCUCUAUUCUGACAUUGUUGGCUGUCUACUUCUUCAAGAACUAA